GGGUACGAUCUAAAUCCAAACUUUAUCCAAACAAAUCAGUAAAAACAGCAGUAGCUUACUUAACUAAUAGAGUUGACCAACCAAGAGGCGCCGUUCCAAAGCAAUAGCUAAAACUUAGAAAUCGAGGGGAACAGAUCGGAGUAGGAAUACAAACAGUAUAGAAAGUCCUAGCUAGUCCUAGCUAGAGAAUAAGUAAAGUUAAGAGCACGAAAUCAAAAGGCGACCGCUGAGAUCACUGUACAUAAACGCGCACACGCACUUGCUACGUGGAAUCCUAGUAUCCUUUGCCACCACCAUGAACGCCCGCUCGCAAGUCUUCGAUCUGACCAUGGAGGGUCGCCAGGUGGACGAGGCGGUGGCCACCAUCUUCCACACCGUCCUCUUCCAUCGCUGCCUGGGCAAGUACAUGUACACCGGCGACGCCCAGUACUCCAUCGGCACGGUCGGCUACACGGACGUGGACUGCAACUUCAUCGACUUCACCUACGUCUGUUGCACCUCCGACAGCCUCACCCACAAGGUCAAGCGGGCCAUCAACUCGUUUAGCGAGAAGCUGCGCUCCAACGAGAGCUGCGGCUCCGGCCAGAUCAGCCUGGAGUUCUUCCAGAAGAAGAAGACCCGCUGGCCGUUCGCCCAGGAGUCGAUUCCGUGGGAGGUCUGGACCGUGCACCUGGACCUGAUCAAGCACGAGAACGAGGACGAGCGCCAGCUGUGCCGGGAGAACGUCUCGGACCUGCUCUCGGAGAAGGUAAUCUAUAUCACGGAGCUGAUGAACCGGCACGACUACGUGCCCAAGACGCCCAGCCAGAGCGAGCUCGACCUGAUCUUCGACACCUCCUUCCCGGACGUCCAGCCGUACCUGUUCAAGUUCGACUACUCCACUUCCGGCUCGGCGGCACCGUCCAUGGGCAAUGCCAUGAAGAAGAUGAUCAAGGAGACGCUCGCGAUGUGACGGGCUGGCGAAGGAUCGGAAACGGAUACCUCGGCUCUACCUUUAAUGGCUAUUCGUGUUUUAGAUAUUCUUUUAGGUUUUCCAUUUUUCGUGUUAAAUGUUCUAAUGCUAGGGUAAUAUUUAUUUGCCUGCCGGUUUAUUAACUUGAGUAACUAUAGGGGAAGCCCGCUUCCCGGAGCGUUGGGCUUUCCGAACACUUAGUGGUACGUAGGAUGUAGGGGGCGCUCUCGGACGGGGCUGCCCGAAAGUGAGCGGGACAGAGUCGGCGAGAGGGAGAUGGAACUAGUGCUUUGUAAGAAAGAAGUGCUUUGGGCGGCUGCAGAUCCUAGAAAGCACCGCUAGCGAAUAACGUUCCCCACCAAAUCAGCAUGCAAACGUUUCAAACAGGAGCUCUGAUCCGCCGGUAGAGCGGCGGCACGGCGCGGCAGACGCCGUACAGAUACAUUAGCAUAUAUGUGUAUAACGUGUUAUUCGUAAAGCCAGUGUAAAUAAAUGAGAAAUCGGAAAUAUAUGUGUGUAGCGCAUGCAGAGAGGAGGGAGUGUUGAGGUCUGGAGGGAUCUGAGGCGACGGACGGAGACGUAUGUAUAAAAGAUUGUGAUUGUACUUGUAGUGACUAAAGAGAUAGUGGCGGCUCUGCGCACCCGUAGAGAUCAAAUAUGUAUGUGUAUCUGUAUCUAUAGAUGUGUACGUUGUAAAUCCAUGUUUGUAUGUAUGUCCAGCUAUAAACCUAAUCGAUAAAUGUACUUUAAAACCUAACUACUAUUGUAACUCAAUCUAAGCAGAAUAAAUCCCUUGAAGCACA